CGGAGAUGUCUUCAAUCCACGCUCAGAGAGCAAAGCGUUGGGGCACUAGCCCCUUUGUUGCUGAGUGGCUUGCAAACGCCGUGAAGUAUUGUCGCAGCUCCGAAGGGAGACAAGGUUUCGAAACUUGGGUUCUCAAAAAGUACGGCCCUGUAGAGGGACACCGUAUACUUCGAGAGUGUCGUCUGCCUCACGUCAAAAGGGUCGGCAAGCCGACUGGAAACGCGUUUUUAUUCUAUUCAGCUGCGGAAGAACUAGGUGUCAGCGACGAAGCCAUGAAAAUGUAUCACCUAUACACUUCGACGCACGAGUUGGUCUCCCCAGAGCGUACCAAGCCUGCCCCAAAACGACGCCGAGGAGAGAGCUCCAGUGAUUGGCUCGCCCGUCGACACGAGGCUCUUCUCCAAGGCUGUAAAGCACCGAAUAUUGACCUCGAGACUAUGCGGGCCAUUGCAAUCUCUGAAUAUGACAAAAUCAAAGAUACCCUGGUAGUCUGGCGCACCAACCCAGAUGUACUCUUCGCGAAUAUUAAGCGUAGAGCAGAGAGCACCAUUCCGUCUCCUGAAAUACUCAACAAGCCCCAAGAAUACAUCCGUGCUCACACCACCGAUGACGCUUUCAAGACGCGAAAUAUGACUAUGGCUGCUGCUCAUAACGCUUGGUCCCUGGCGACUGAGCUAUUCGAAGAUCUAGCUCGCAUGGGAAUUACCACUGCCUCUUCUCUCGAGCGAGCCUACCAAAAGGAUGCCAAGUUGAUGUGGCGUAUUGUUCGUUGCUUCGCGGAGCUCUGUGAGCUUCAAGGUCUACUCAUGGGCACCAUGAUGCAUGUCAUAUCGUGGUCACCGCAGUUUCGCAAGUAUUUGAAAAGAUACAGGAUGUCGAACGGUAUGGCCAGAAUAGAGAUAGACACAGCCUAUGUUAGAAAGCAUGGUUAUGACGACCUCUUCGAUGAGUUCGUUGUCAAGCAAGUAUCCGACGACGAUGCGUCACCUGCAUUCUUUGACGGGAUCGCGAAGUUCUUGAGGGAAGAUCCGUCAUCUGCGUCAAGAUUCAAUGCCGAAGCAUUCGAUGAAAUGGGCGACUUUGCAGUUCUAUCUGAAUUCGUCACAAACGCGUGGCAAAGCGCUUUCGGACAGAACCUCACGUCGCGGGUGAUGCCACUUUUGGCUUCCUCUCCAGCUGCGUUGAUGUCCAUGCCCGCCUUCGCGGAUCAGAUCUUCUGGAUAAGACCCGAUGCAGUGAAAUAUGAACAAGAUCAUCGCGCAGCGUAUCAGCUCCCAUGGGGUCAUGUCUCUAAGCUCACUCGCGCACAGAUGGAAACAUGGAGAAGACCUAUCUGGAACAACUUCAGCAUUCAGCAACUUGCUGUUAUGGAGCAGGACCCGAGAGUUCCCCCAGAAAUGUUUAACCUCACGUGCGACCAUAUGUGGCUCGAGUGGGAUACUUUCAUGUGGCGCCUGGCACAGUCGAUGGAUAAGCCAGAUGCUCCCGGGGCGAUCGCGAAGCGACUUGGACUGUUUGAUCCUCAGAGCAGUGAUAGGUUGAAGUUUUCGAAGUGGUUCUUCCCUGAUCUUGAUCCUACUAGAGGCGAGGUCAAACUUUUGCCCGCGACGACACCCGCACCACCAAGGUCGCGACCCUACGUAGAGACCAUCCCAGUUGCAACUCCCACUGAGUCUACGGCCAAAUCUGGCCACGCCUAUGCUUCCGAGGCCCAAGGCGAUGGGCCCAAGACAAAGGUCAAGACCCGAAAGGCCACGACCGAGGCGGAGGCUCCUGCUGUGGUUGAGCCUGAGUUGGUGGAGGAUCGUAUGGAGAAUUUACCGGACUUCCUUCCUCCGAGGUGGACGCUCGGGAAGAAAAUCAUGAAGAUUUUCCACAGGAUACUCGAGGUUGACGAAGAUACUGCGUCCGUCGACGCUUCUCAGCAGAAGGGCCAAAUUCGUUGGGGAGACUUUGAGAGGGCUAUGAAACGUGUUGGCUUCGAUGUCUAUCAAACGGCGGGAUCAUCCGUUCGUUUUGAUCCUCCUGCUCGAACAGCUCGUCCGAUCAGUUUCCACAGGCCUCAUCCGGACUCCAUAAUGACCCC